CCCAUUCUCGAUUUCUUUGCGUUUAUACAAUCGAUUGGUAGAUGAUAUAAACUCUAUCACCAUGGCUGCCACGACCCUCUCCAAUUCGUUCUCUCCAGACGCCAAUUCGACCGCUAUCAUCAUACCCAGCAAGCCGAAUGCUCUCACAGUCUCAUACCGAGAGCUCACCGCUGAGGUCCUAUCCUUCCAGAAGAAGCUCGCACAGCUAGGCGUUACCCCCCAGGCCGCCGUCUCAAUUGCGCUCCCCAACACCUAUGAAUUCAUAGUCGCUUUCCUGGCCGCCGCAUGGCAACGAGCCAUCGCGGCCCCUCUCAACUCGGCAUACAAGCAGGAGGAAUUCGAGUUCUACAUCGAUGACCUGAGCUCGGCCGUUGCGCUGGUGCCAAAAGGCUCGUUCCAACAGGACGGCGCCGCGGUGCGCGCUGCGCGGAAAUACAAGGCUGCGAUUGCGGAGUGCUAUUGGAAUGGUCGCGAGGUCGUCCUCGAUGUCAAGGAUGAGGGGAAGCUCAGGGGAAGGGGGAACCAGAAGGUCGAGAAGGCACAACCCGAUGAUAUCGCGCUCGUCCUCCACACGAGCGGGACCACAGGGAGACCGAAGGCGGUGCCAUUGACGCACAGAAACCUCACCAGGACCAUGAAGAACAUCAAGGCCACAUAUGAUCUGACGCCCGCGGACCGCACCAUGCUCGUCAUGCCUCUCUUCCACGUCCACGGCCUCCUCGCAGGCUUCUUGGCGCCCCUCUACUCCGGCGGGUCUGUCAUUGUCCCGCCCAAGUUCUCGGCCUCUGAAUUCUGGGACGACUUCAUCACCCACAAGGCCAAUUGGUACACGGCGGUCCCCACCAUCCACCAGAUCCUCCUCAAGAACCCCGCGCCCAACCCCAAGCCCAAGAUCCGCUUCAUCAGAUCCUGCUCCUCCCCACUCUCCCCGACCACCUUCCACGCGCUGGAAGAGACGUACAACGCGCCGGUCCUCGAAGCCUACGCCAUGACCGAAGCCGCGCACCAGAUGACCUCGAACCCUCUCCCGCCCGGAAAGCGCCAGCCCACGAGCGUCGGCAUCGGCCAGGGCGUCGAGAUCAAGAUCCUGGACGACGCCGGCAAGGAGGUGCCCGUGGGCAGCGAGGCCGAGAUCUGCAUCCGCGGCGAGAACGUCACCAAGGGCUACCUGAACAACCCGGCGGCCAACGCGUCCUCCUUCACCAAGGAUGGCUUCUUCCGCACCGGCGACCAGGGCCGCGUCGACAAGGAGGGCUACGUCUUCAUCACGGGCCGCAUCAAGGAGCUGAUCAACAAGGGCGGGGAGAAAAUCAGCCCCAUCGAGCUCGACAACACCAUCUCGCGCCACCCCGCCAUCGCCGAAGCCGUCAGCUUCGCCAUCCCCGACGAGCUGUACGGCCAGGACGUCGCCGUCGCCGUCGUGCUGAAGCCCGGCCAGAAGCUCGACGCCAAGGAUCUGAAGACCUGGGUCGCUGACAAACUCGCCAAGUUCAAGGUGCCGAAACAGGUCUACUUCACCGACACCAUGCCCAAGACGGCAACGGGGAAGAUCCAGCGCCGCAUCGUCGCAGAUGCUAUGUUGAAGCAGGCUGCUCCGAAGGCGAAGCUGUGAUGCAUUACAUUAUUUAUUUAUUUUAUAUCCCCCAUCCCCCAUCCCAUGCCAUCCCAUCCCAUGCCAUCCCAUUUCCACAUACAUACACAUACACAUACAUGUAUAUAAGAUAACCCCACACCCAGCCCAGCCCAGUCCCAGACGAUAGAUGAACAAGAAUAGAUCAAAGAGAAUAAAAAAAGGGGAGAGAGAGACAGAGAGAGAGAGAAAGAAGAGAGAAUCUUUAAAAAAUCAAGAGGAUUAAUGUUUUAACUACCUUACCUACC